AUGGAACAAAUCUUACGUCACGCUCUCGGAUUAUUUCAAGAAUAUUAUCAAAUACCCGGACAGGGCGAACUAAAUAAAAUCACAUUGAACAAAAUGCGCGAACCGCGAUGCGGCCUCCCAGACCUUUCAGAUCAAACGGAUCGAAGCAGAAACAAUAUCUGGUCGAAGAAACAUCUCACGUGGAAUUUUCAUCUCGCCGACGAAGAAACUAUGAUAGUGACGCAGGCCGCGUUCAAUCUGUGGGCUGGAAAUUCAUCAUUAUCUUUUAAACGCGUAUCUCAGAAUCCCGACACACUGUUAUCGUAUCGCGAGGGCCUUCACACGAAUAUCGACAAGAGAAUUACUAAUAUGUGCCCGAGUCCUUUAGACGGCUCCGGUGGUGUACUCGCUCACCCAUCCUUUCCCAACGGAGAUAAAGAUUACGUCACGGAGGUGCACAUAGAUAGAACGGAAUCGUGGCAUGUUCAUAUUAGUAGAAAUCCUCCACGCACGCACAGCCUGUUAUACGUGAUUGCGCAUGAAAUCGGCCACACAUUAGGUUUGCAUCACAGCGAACACCAGGAUACGAUUAUGUUUGCGAUGACGCCCGGUGAAAUAAAGUUUCCCAUUAGAUUGAGCUUGGAUGAUAUUCUUCAUAUUCGAUAUCUAUACGGAGCUAAUUACCACGGUUCUACAACUACAACACCGCCCACCACUACAACUGUUGCAACAACAACAACAAAAUAUAUCAAUCACGAUCCUUACAAAUUGAUUCAAAGACUUUCGUUCAACGAUUUCGGUCUUCCACCUACAGCCAGAGUCAAUACCGCAAUAAACACUAACAAAGGACGAAGUUUCAUUGUGUACGAUCACAUAGUCGGGGAAAUAGACGAUUAUUCAACAAGAAUCAUGAGUCAUCGUUCAAUCGACGAGAUAUUUCCAGGAAUACCAACCGGAUUGACGACCGCAUUUCGAUAUACCGAUGGAAAUUUAUACUUCGUUAAAAAUCAUUUCUAUUACAAAUUUAAUGAUUUUACCGGACUCGUUACAGCUACCGGUAAGUUCGACCUGUAG